AUGCCCGAUGAUAAUUUGUCAACAAAUAGCAACUUACCCGAGUCUCCACGAAGUGCAUUAAGCGAAAUUGAUCAAAACAUGCAAAAGGAAAGCCAAUCAAGUCCGGAAAGCGAAAUUAAAGGUCUAAAGGACGAUCUGAUUAAUGAAGAGAUUGGAGGUCAAAAGCAAACAGAAGAUCAGAUUAAUAGAGAAAUUGGAGGUCAAAAUCAAACGAAUAAGGAAGCAGUUGAAAAAUUUCUUACCGGGAGU